GGGAUCCGGGGAUGCCGCUGCCGGCCGGUGCCCCCGGGGCCAUGGGCUCGGCCGUGGGGCCCAUGAGCCUGCGGGACCUGCUGCUGGCGGCCGAGGCGGGCGGCGCGGCGGGCGGCGAGGAGGAGGUGUGCGUGGUGGGCAUCUUCGGCAAGACGGCGCUGCAGCUCUGCUCCGAGAAGGAGGCCCUGGUGAGCACCGUGUGCGACCGGCAGGUCUUCCCGCUGUUCCCCGAGGAGGAUCCCGAGCCCGACGGCGGCGCGGCGGGGUCCGAGUGCGACCCGGCGAGCAAGGACUACAACCAGCUGCAGGCGUACUACAGCCAGGAGAGCCGCGUGCUGUACCUGGUGCUCACCUCCAUCUGCGACACGCCGCAGCUGCUCCGCGCCUGCGGGGACCUCACCGCGGCCGAGAACAGGGAGCCCGGGCCCGGACACCCCUCGGGAGGCCCGGCCCCGCUGCCCCACGCCGAGGCCCACGAGUUCUGGAAGCACCAGGAGAAGCUGCACUGCCUGAGCCUCCUCUACCUGUUCUCCGUGUGCCACAUCCUGCUGCUGGUGCAUCCCACCUGCUCCUUCGACAUCACCUACGACCGCGUGUUCCGGGCGCUGGACGGGCUGCGGCAGAAGGUGCUGCCCUCGCUCAAGGCUGCCAUCAAGGACUGCCCGGUGGGCAAGGAGUGGAAGCUCAACUGCAGGCCGUGCCCUCCGCGCCUCCUCUUCCUCUUCCAGCUCAACGGGGCUCUGAAGGUGGAUCCCCUCCCCAGCAGGGGCCAGGACCCCUGCGGUCACCUGGAAAAGCCACCUCCCAAGAAGCACUCCCCCAAGAGGAGGCUGCAGCACGCUCUGGAGGAUCAGAUCUACCGCAUCUUCCGCAAGAGCAGGGUGCUCACCAACCAGAGCAUCAACUGCCUGUUCACCGUGCCCGCCAACCAGGCCUUCGUGUACAUCGUGGCUGGGGGCCCCAGGAUGGAUGACCCGGUGGCCAUGCUUCUCGACCAGCUCAGGAGCAACUGCACCAUGAGGGAGCCCGACUCGCUGCUGGCUCCCACGCUGUCGGGGCCCAGGAGGUACCAGAUGAUGCGGCACGGGCGGCAGCAGCUCUCCUUCCACGCAGAGAGCAGCAGCUCCAGCUCCUCGGGGCAGCUCGUGGACUGCACCCUCAAGGAGUUCUUGUGGCAGCACGUGGAGCUGGUGCUCAGCAAGAAGGGCUUCGAUGACAGCGUGGGGAGGAACCCGCAGCCCUCCCACUUCGAGCUCCCGACCUACCAGAAGUGGGUGGCUGCAGCUCUGAAACUGUACGAGGUGACCAUCGAAGGCAAGGACGACGACCCGACCUCUGGGGAGCUGAGCUCCAAGAUCAUGAGCAGCAUCAAAGUCUUGGAAGGCUACUUAGACAUAGACACCAAGUUCUCUGAAAACCGUUGCCAGAAGGCUCUGCCCAUGGCCCACAGCGCCUACCAGUCCAACCUGCCCCACAAUUACACCAUGACGGUGCACAAGAACCAGCUGGCCCAGGCCCUGCGGGUCUACAGCCAGCACGCCCGGGGCCCGGCCUUCCACAAGUACGCCAUGCAGCUCAACGAGGACUGCUACAAGUUCUGGAGCAACGGGCACCAGCUCUGCGAGGAGAGGAGCCUGACUGACCAGCACUGCGUGCACAAGUUCCACCUGCUCCCGAAAGCAGGGGAAAAGCCAGAAGCAGACAGAAAUCCUCCCAUCCUGUACCACAACAGCCGGGCUCGUUCCACUGGGGCCUGUAACUGUGGAAGGAAACAAGCGCCUCGGGAGGACCCCUUUGAUAUCAAAGCAGCUAAUUAUGACUUUUACCAGCUACUGGAAGAAAAGUGCUGUGGGAAACUGGAGCACAUCAACUUUCCCAUCUUCCAGCCGAGCACGCCUGAUCCGGCGCCUGCUCGGGAUGAGUCCUCGCCUGCCCCUCCAGAGGGUGAGAUGGAGAAACUUAAAGAGAAAGAACCUCAGACUCAGGGCGAGAGCACAGGCCUGAGCUUAGCCCUCAGCCUGGGCCAGUCCACGGGCAGCCUGGGCACCUACGCCCCCGAUGCCCAGGGUGGAGGGGACAAUGCAGAGAGUCACGGCCAGAGCGGGGACUCCAAAAGCGAGAAGAGGCCGAGCCUGGUGGAUCGCCAGGCGUCCACUGUCGAGUACCUCCCCGGGAUGCUCCAUUCCAAUUGCCCCAAAGGCCUCCUGCCCAAGUUCUCCAGCUGGUCCCUGGUUAAGCUGGGGCCUGCUAAGGCUUACAACUUCCACACGGGCUUAGAUCAACAAGGCUUUAUCCCGGGAACAAACUACUUAAUGCCUUGGGACAUCGUCAUCAGGACGAGAACCGAAGACGAAGGGGACUUGGAUACCAAUUCCUGGCCUGCACCCAACAAGGCUGUUCCUGGAAAAAGGAGCGCGGUUGUGAUGGGAAGAGGGAGGCGGAGAGAUGACAUCGCCCGGGCGUUCGUGGGCUUUGAGUACGAAGACGCCCGUGGGAGGAGGUUCAUGUGCUCGGGGCCCGACAAAGUCAUGAAGGUGAUGGGGGGGCCGAAGGAAUCUGCCAUCAAGGCCCUCAACUCCGACAUGCCGCUCUACAUCCUGUCCUCCACCCAGGGCCGAGGCCUCAAACCACACUACGCCCAGUUCAUGAGGCUCUUUGUGGUGGUUCCCGAUGCUCCGCUGCAGAUCACGUUAACGCCUCAGGUUCAACCAGGACCACCACCCUGCCCAAUAUUUUACCCUGAGAAGCAGGAAAUAACCCUUCCCUCGGAUGGACUGUGGGUGCUCAGGUUUCCUUACGCUUACGUGACAGAACGUGGACCCUGCUUUCCUCCCAAAGAAAGCCAACAGUUAAUGAGCUACAAAGUUCUCCGGGGAAUCCUGAAAGCAGUUACGCAGUAAGAGUUGUCCUGGCAGGUUUGUUUUAGUUUAAAAAGACCGUCUUCGAUCCAGUCCCUGGAUUUUGGUUCGUGUCACUGCGAUCGUGUGAAGCCCCACUGUCCCUCACUGGAACACAGACUGAAAAUAAAGUCUGAUAUCAAAGCAGAAAAGGGAAUCUGAGACAUGUACAUUUUCCAUUUAUUAAGUUGCCAUAUGUAAAAAAUAAAUGCUGGUUUUGAUAAA